AUGGAUGCUUGGAAUGGGACGGUGAUCUUCGGUACUCAGCCAGAUUUUGUUCAGGAAUCUGAUGCCAGCCUGUGGGGCUGGGGCGCGACUGGUGCGGAUUUGGCGACGGGAGGACGCUGGACACCAGUAGAUCGUUCUUACACAACUGCUUGGCGCUUCUGGCUGGCUCUUGGCUGUCCGAAUUCUUUUUGUUUUUCCAAGGCUCUUUCGACCUGUUCUACCUUAAUGGGUAAGGACAACGUGUCUGCAGUUCGCCUUCAGCAGGUGAGCAUCCUUCUUGUCACUCCGAUCUGGCAGGCUCAGCCUUGGUUCCCUGCUCUGCUGGAGUUGUCAUGCGUGUACCCUCUCCUCCUUCCCUGGAGCUCCCUUCUCUUACAGGACUUGGAAGGGAAACCCCACCCACUGGUGCUUCAGGAACGUCUUCCUCUUGUGCCUUUAGGCAUCUCGGCCAAAUCCUUUGGAGGGAAAGUGAUUGAAAACUCGAUUCUUGGUAAAGAAGAAUUUAUAGAGAAAGUACGCCAGAGCAAUGAAGCAUGUAAAAAUGGAGACUUCGAACUGGCCAUUCAGCUGUACAGCGAGACUGUGCAGGUGGACCCCCAGAACUGUAUAUUGUACAGCAACAGGUCUGCUGCUUUCCUGAAAACUCAGCAAUAUGAAAAAGCUUUGGAUGAUGCAAUCAAAGCACGACUUCUUAAUCCAAAAUGGCCAAAGGCAUACUUCAGACAGGGUGUUGCCCUUCAGUAUCUUGGUCGCCAUGCAGAUGCCCUGGCUGCGUUUGCAUCCGGAUUGGCUCAGGAUCCCAAAAGUUUACAGCUGCUGCUUGGCAUGGUGGAAGCAGCAAUGAAAUCGCCUAUGAGAGAAUCUUUGGAACCUACUUAUCAACAACUACAGAAGAUGAAAUUGGACAAGAGCCCAUUUGUGGUAGUGUCAGUGAUUGGUCAAGAACUUUUAACUGCAGGACAUCACGGUGCCUCGGUGGUUGUAUUAGAAGCAGCACUGAAAAUUGGGACUUGCAGUUUAAAACUGAGGGGCUCAGUGUUUUCUGCCCUAAGCAGUGGUUACUGGUCUCUUGGAAACACAGAGAAGAGCACGGGAUUUAUGCAACAAGACUUGGACGUAGCAAAGACACUAGGUGACCAGACAGGAGAGUGCCGUGCCUAUGGGAAUCUAGGAUCCGCAUUUUUUUCCAAAGGAAACUUUCGGGAGGCACUUACUAACCACAGACAUCAGUUAGUUCUCGCCAUGAAACUAAAGGAGAGAGAGGCAGCAUCAUCUGCUUUAAGCAGUUUAGGUCACGUCUACACCGCAAUUGGUGAUUACCCCAACGCACUGGCAAGCCACAAGCAAUGCGUUCUCCUGGCUAAACAAUCCAAAGAUGAACUGUCUGAAGCACGAGAGCUAGGAAACAUGGGAGCAGUCUACAUUGCAAUGGGAGACUUUGAAAACGCAGUUCAUUGUCAUGAACAACAUUUAAAGAUUGCAAAGGACCUUGGCAACAAACGGGAAGAAGCCCGGGCAUAUAGCAACCUCGGCAGUGCCUAUCACUAUAGAAGAAAUUUUGACAAAGCAAUGUCAUACCAUAACCAUGUUCUAGAACUUGCACAAGAGUUAUUGGAAAAGGCUAUCGAGAUGCGAGCCUAUGCAGGCUUAGGCCACGCUGCACGCUGUAUGCAAGACUUAGAGAGAGCUAAACAGUAUCAUGAGCAGCAGCUAGGCAUUGCGGAAAGUCUCAAAGAUCGAGCGGCUGAGGGUAGAGCAUCUUCAAACUUAGGAAUAAUUCAUCAGAUGAAAGGAGACUUUGAUACUGCACUAAAAUUACACAAGGCUCACCUUUCAAUCGCCCAGGAAUUAAAUGAUUAUGCAGCCCAAGGCAGGGCUUAUGGGAACAUGGGAAAUGCCUACAAUGCACUUGGGAUGUACGACCAGGCUGUUAAGUAUCAUCGGCAGGAACUUCAGAUAUCAAUGGAAGUCAACGACAGAGCUUCUCAAGCAUCUACACAUGGGAAUUUAGCUGUUGCAUACCAGGCUUUAGGUGCUCAUGAUAGAGCUUUACAACACUACCAAAACCAUCUGAACAUUGCUCGGGAACUACGAGACAUUCAGAGUGAAGCUCGAGCUCUAGGCAACCUCGGGAAUUUCCACUGCUCCCGAGGUGAAUACAUGCAAGCAGUACCUUUCUAUGAGCAGUACUUGAGAAUAUCACCUGAACUACAAGAUAUGGAAGGAGAGGGUAAAGUUUGUCACAACCUUGGCUAUGCUUAUUAUUGCUUAGGAAAUUACCAGGAUGCUGUAAAAUACUAUGAACAGGAUUUGGCAUUAGCAAAGGAUCUCCAUGACAAACUAAGCCAAGCUAAGGCAUACUGUAACUUGGGCCUAGCAUUUAAGGCAUUACUGAACUAUAAUAAAGCUGAAGAAUGCCAGAAAUACCUUUUGUCAUUGGCACAGUCUUUGAAUAAUUCUCAAGCAAAGUUCCGUGCUCUUGGAAACCUUGGCGAUAUUUUUGUUGCUAAGAAAGAUGUAAAUGGUGCAAUAAAAUUUUAUGAACAGCAACUAAGUUUAGCUCAUCAAGUCAAGGACAGACGGCUAGAAGCAAGUGCUUAUGCUGCUUUAGGUAGUGCUUACAGAAUGAUACAAAAAUAUGAUAAAGCAUUGGGAUAUCAUACGCAGGAGCUUGAAGUCUUCCAAGAAUUAAAUGAAUUGCCAGGAGAAUGCAGAGCUCAUGGUCACCUUGCUGCUGUAUACAUGUCUCUUGAGAAGUACACUAUGGCCUUCAAGUGCUAUGAGGAACAGCUUGAGCUGGGACAAAAGCUUAAAGACCCUGCAAUAGAAGCUCAGGUGUAUGGCAACAUGGGCAUCACGAAAAUGAACAUGAAUGUCAUGGAGGAGGCCAUUGGUUAUUUUGAACAGCAGUUAGCCAUGCUACAGCAAUUGAAUGGAAAUGACUCUAUUCUCGACAGAGGCCGUGCAUAUGGAAAUUUGGGAGAUUGUUAUGAUGCCCUUGGAGACUAUGAAGAAGCAAUAAAAUAUUAUGAGCAGUAUUUAUCUGUGGCUCAGAGCUUGAACCGACUUCAAGAUCAGUCCAAAGCAUACAGGGGACUCGGAAAUGGACAUAGGUCUAUGGGAAAUCUACAGCAGUCACUUGUAUGCUUUGAAAAAAGACUUGUGGUCGCUCAUGAACUUGGGGAAACAUCAAACAAAGCCCAGGCAUACGGAGAACUUGGAAAUUUGCACAGUCAGCUAGGAAACUAUGAGCAAGCAAUAUCCUGCCUAGAACGUCAGCUAAACAUUGCCAGAGAAAUGAAAGACCAGAUACUGGAGAGUGAUGCAGCCUGUGGUCUGGGUGACGUCUACCAGCUAAUGGGAGAGUUUGAUACUGCAUUACAGUACCAUCAGCUGGACUUACAGAUAGCUGAAGAAACCAACAAUCCAUCUUGCCAAGCUCGAGCCUAUGGAAAUCUGGGACUUACUUAUGAGUCUCUGGGUAACUUUGAACGAGCUGUAGUCUAUCAGGAACAGCACCUUAGCAUUGCAGCAGAAAUGAAUGACCUGGUAGCAAAGACAGUGGCCUAUAGUAGCUUAGGAAGAACCCAUCAUGCUUUACAGAAUUAUUCCCAAGCAGUAAUGUAUUUACAAGAAGGCUUGAGGUUAGCAGAACAGCUGUCCCGCAGAGAGGAUGAAGCCAAAAUUAGACAUCGCCUUGGGCUCUCACUUUGGGCUAGUGGAAAUCUGGAAGAAGCUCAACACCAGCUUUACCGAGCUUCAGCGUUAUUUGAAACAAUAAGACACGAAGCCCAGCUCAGCACUGAUUAUAAGCUUUCUCUCUUCGAUCUGCAAACCUCGUCAUACCAGGCUCUGCAGCGUGUACUCAUCAGUCUUGGACAUCAUGAUGAAGCUUUGGCAGUUGCAGAGAGAGGAAGAACACGGGCUUUCGCUGACCUUCUUGUAGAGCGACAGACUGGCCAGCAAGAAUCUGAUCCCUACUCUCCUGUGACUAUUGACCAAAUCCUGGAGACAAUUAAUGGCCAACGAGGACUGGUGCUCUACUACUCACUAGCUGCUGGUUAUCUUUACAGCUGGUUGCUAGCUCCUGGUUCAGGAAUUUUAAAAUUUCAUGAAUGCUAUUUGGGAGACUCGUCACUGGAAAAUACCGGUGAUUUUGCUGACUCUGGAAGUAUGAGUUUUCAAGGAUUGAAUAGUUCAGUUCUAGAACAAUACAUAGCAAAUGUCAGAGAGACAUUAGGAGUGGACUCGUACUACACAAGGACUUGUGCAAGCAGUGAAACCGAGAGUGAGGCUGGAGAUUACAUGGACCAGCAAUAUGAUGACCUUAACAAUAAAAUGAAUUUGGUGACAGACCCAACUGGAUUCCUGAGGAUGGUCAGCAGAAACAACACAUUCAACAGAAGUUGCCAAAGUAUGACAAGCCUGUUUAGUAACACAAUGUCUCCGGUGAAAGACAACACCUCAUCCUUGCCCAGAAAACAAAGCUGUCUCAACAAGCCACCUCUGCGGGCUCUGUAUGAUUUGCUGCUGGCACCAAUGGAAGGGGGACUAAUGCAUUCGAGCGGUCCGGUGGGCAGACAUCGUCAACUAGUGCUGGUCUUGGAAGGAGAACUUUACCUCAUCCCAUUUGCUCUGCUAAAGGGCAGCUCAUCAAACGAGUAUCUUUAUGAACGCUUCAGUCUGAUUGCUGUUCCCUCCAUCCGAUCUCUGAACAUAAAUUCCAAGUCUCACUUACGGAAAAAUGCUCCCUUAUAUUCAAGUUCUACCUCCAUGGCUGCUGUUAUUGGAAACCCUAAGCUUCCUCCAUCAGUGAUGGAUAGAUGGCUCUGGGGACCAAUGCCCUCAGCAGAAGAGGAAGCUUACAUGGUAUCUGAAUUAUUGGGUUGUCAGCCUCUUGUUGGCACUUUGGCCAUGAAAGACAAGGUGAUGAGCGCACUCACACAAGCUGAAUGCGUGCACUUUGCCACCCACAUCUCAUGGAAACUCGCAGCUUUAAUACUAACUCCAAAUAGCGAGAACAACUCCGGAACCAAUAAAAGCACCUUUGGAAACACCUACACCAUUCCUGAGUCUUUACAGAUGCAGGAUGAUGCCAGUGAUGUUGAAAGUAUAUCAGACUGUCCACCCCUUCAGGAAUUUCUCCUGACAGCAGCAGAUGUCCUGGAUCUCAGGCUUCCUGUAAAACUAGUGGUUCUUGGAUCAUAUCAGGAAUCCAGCAACAAAGUUACAGCUGAUGGAAUUAUUGGCUUGACGAGGGCCUUCUUGGCUGCCGGUGCUCAGUGUGUCCUUGUAUCUCUAUGGCCUGUGCCUGUUUCUGCUUCAAAAAUGUUUGUCCAUGCCUUUUAUUCAGCACUCCUGAAUGGAAUGAAAGCAAGUGCAUCCCUGUCUGAGGCAAUGAAAAUAGUACAGAGCAGUAAGCAAUACUCACAUCCAUCAAACUGGGCAGGAUACAUGCUAAUCGGCAGUGAUGUAAAGCUGAACAGUCCAUCAUCGCUCAUUGGUCAAGCCUUAUCUGAGAUCCUCCAGAACCCUGACCGUGCAAGAGAUGCUCUUAGAGUUCUCUUGCAUCUGGUGGAGAAGUCUUUGCAGAGGAUUCAGAAUGGACAGCGUAAUUCCAUGUACACGUCCCAGCAGAGUGUGGAAAAUAAAGUAGGAGGAGUACAAGGCUGGCAGUCACUGCUGACAGCUGUGGGGUUUCGCCUUGACCCACCAGUAAGUGGUCUCCCAGCAGCAGUGUUUUUCCCCACAUCUGACCCCGGUGACCGUCUACAACAGUGCAGUACAACCAUACAGUCCCUCUUAGGUUUGCCCCAUGCAGCACUUCAAGCUCUUUGUAAACUGAUCACAGCCUCAGAAACUGGAGAACAGCUGAUUAAUCGGGCUGUUAAAAAUAUGGUUGGAGUGCUACAUCAGGUCCUGGUUCAGCUGCAGACAGACAAAGAACAUGACUUUUCUACAGUCCCUAUACAGGUGUCCAUCAGUGUUCAGCUUUGGAGAUUACCUGGAUGUCAUGAGUUUUUAGCAGCACUAGGUUUUGAUUUGUGUGAAGUGGGCCAGGAGGAAGUCAUUUUGAAAACUGGCAAACAAGCCAACAAAAGAACAAUGCAGUUUGCUCUGCAAUCCCUUCUAGCUCUUUUUGAUUCUACUGAGCUUCCAAAACGCCUAAGUCUUGACAGCUCUUCAUCACUUGAAUCACUGGCAUCUGCGCAGUCUUUGUCUAACCCAAUGCCACCAGGGUAUCCUGGUCAUCCAUUCUCUCCAACCUGUCCAGAUGGCAUGGCUUCAGAUGCUAUCUCUGUCUACAGUCUAAGUUCCAUUGCCUCGUCAAUGAGUUUUGUCUCUAAACCAGAUUGCUUACCUGAAGGAGAACACAAACUACGUCAAGACCACGACAGACCAAAACAUAUUUAUUCUCUUAGGACCUCAGGAAGAGGCCAGUCUUCCCCACAAACCCAGAUGUCGUUAGGCAAAGAAGAACAGGAGGAGUAUGAGGGAUUUUCUAUAAUAAGCAAUGAACCUCUUUUGUCAUACACAGAAAGCCUUGAUCCUAACCUAAGACAAGGCACCAUUCAGGAAACAAUACAAGUUUCUGUAAACUCAAAGGGUAGUAUAAGCACACCUAACUCACCUGUUAAACUAGCUCUAAUUCCAAGUCAAAACUCACCAUUCCAAAAAGUUGGAAAACUUACAAGCUCUGAUACUGGGGAAUCAGAUCAGUCGAGUACAGAAACAGACAGUACAGUGAAAUCUCAAGAAGAGAACAAUCCUAAGCUCAAUCCUGAAGAGCUGGCUCAAAAAAUUUUAGAAGAGACUCAAAGCCAUUUGAUUGCGGUUGAACGUCUUCAAAGAAGCGGAAGUUUGAACAAAAUAAGUAAUUCACCUGAUGGUGCUACAACACCAAAUGGUAGUUCUUUGUUCAGGUCUUCAGAAACAAGUGCAUUUAGUAGACCUGUCCAAAAAGGGAUGCCGUCUCCAGUUACUGUGAAACCAAAGCCUCCAACUAGAAGUUCCUCAUUUCAGAAGGUGAGCUCAGGGUAUAACAGCCCAGCAAACUCUGAAACCUCUCUAAAAGAAGCAGGAGGUCUCCACAGUAACCAGCCUUCUCCAAGUUCAGAUUCUCCUCACUUCAAAUUGAAAUAUCCUAGCUCCCCAUAUAGUUCCCAUAUUUCAAGAUCUCCUCAAAAUAUUUCCCCAAGCUCAGGUCAUCAAUCCCCUGCAGGAAGUACCUCAUCUCCAGCACUUUCAUACUCCUCUGCUGGUUCUGCCCGAUCAAGUCCCGCUGAUGCCCCAGAUUUGGAUAAAUUAAAACUUGCUGCAAUUGAUGAGAAGGUGAAGGCUAUUCACAAUCUGAAGAUGUUCUGGACAAGUAACCCUCAGCAUACAUCAGGUCCAAUCAAAAUACUGCGUGGAACUCCAGGAACAAUGACUUCAAAGAAAGAUGUCCUUAGCUUGUUAAACCUUUCUCCACGACAUAGCAAGAAAGGAGAGGCUGUAGAUAAUCUCGAACUUAAAGAACUAUCUGCUCAGAAAAAGCAGGUUGAUUCUGCACAGCCAAAUCCACCAAAUGGACACAAACACACUGAAAACAUUAAUGUAGCAAAUAUAACGCAAUCCACCCCGUCUAUUAACAUGCCUGGUUCUCUACGCAGCUUAAAACUGUCCUCUGGAAAUGGGUACAAGUUCCUCUCACCAGGGAGAUUCUUUCCUUCUUCAAAAUGUUGAACUGUCUUUUAUACAACUUUUAAGCCUGUAUUGCCAUUUGUAUAUUGUUUAUGUCCAACUGCCUUCAUAAGUGACAGACUAAAAUAUUACAUGUGAAGCAGAGGUUAUAAUGGUUGUCAUUGAAUCAUAGGGCGAGGAUGUUUCUAAGGUUUACCAAAAAUUACAAUCUG